GCUCUCAUCUUCUUCUUCUUCUUCCAAUCAUCUCAUCACUCCACUGAAGUGAAGUGAAGUGAAGUGAAGAUGAUGGCGGCGGCGAAGAAGCUGGUGAGGCUGCUGAUGGUGGUGGUCGGGGUGGCGGGGCCCGGCGCGGCGGCGCUGAGCAUGGACUACUACGGGAUGAGCUGCCCGUUCGCGGACAUGGUGGUGAGGAACGUGGUGAGCCAGGCGCUGAUGGGCGACCCCACCCUCGCCGCCGGCCUGCUCCGCCUGCACUUCCACGACUGCUUCGUCCAGGGCUGCGACGCGUCGGUGCUCCUCGACUCCACCCCGGACAACACGGCGGAGAAGGACGCGCCGCCGAACAAGAGCCUCAGGGGGUUCGAGGUCAUCGACCGCAUCAAGCAGGCCCUCGAGAUGCAGUGCCCCGGCGUCGUCUCCUGCGCCGACAUCGUCGCCCUCGCCGCCCGAGACGCCGUCCUCAUGGCGGGAGGGCCGUACUACGUCGUGCCGCUGGGGAGGAGGGACGGGACGCGGUCGAACGCGGCGGACACGGUCGCGCUGCCGCCGCCGUUCCUGAACGCGACGGAGCUGGCCCAGCUGUUCGCGACGCACAACCUGAACCUGCAGGACAUGGUGGCGCUCUCCGGCGGGCACACCCUCGGCGCGGCGCACUGCGCGAACUUCAAGAACCGGCUGGCGACGGAGGCGGCGACGCUGGACUCGUCGCUGGGGUCGUCGCUGAGCAGCGUUUGCGCCGCCGGCGGGGACGGGGCGACGGCGACGUUCGACAGGACGAGCACCAUGUUCGACGGGGUGUACUUCCGGGAGCUGCAGCAGCGGCGGGGCCUGCUGAGCUCCGACCAGACGCUGUUCGAGUCGCCGGAGACGAAGCGGCUGGUGAACAUGUUCGCCAUGAACCAGGCCUACUUCUUCUUCGCGUUCCAGCAAGGGAUGCUCAAGAUGGGGCAGCUCAACCUCAAGGAAGGCACCAUCGGUGAGGUCAGACGAUCUUGCAGGAUUAUCAACUAAUCAAUUCACAAAACUAUAAACAACUAGAAAAAUAAUCCUCCGAGACCAGGUCUCGGUAUAGACGCUUCUAAACCAAGACCAGGUCUCGUAGGAUUAUUUUUCGUUU